GAAACCAUUUUUGAAAUGAAAUAAUAUCACUGGAAUUGAAGUUGCUGGGUCGUCGUUGCUUAAUUGCUCAUGUGCUUAGGUGAUUUCUUUAACCUUUAGGCAAAUCCAGCAAACCAUCAGUUGUCCCCUACAUUGUUCUUUUUUAUUUUUAUUUAUUUAUUUAUUUAUUUUCUUUUAAGGCGUGCACUAAGCCCUAAAGAAACACUUACGAAUCACUAGCCUUGACUUUACCAAGUCAUUCAAACCAAUAGAAUAGCCUAGCAGGUAUAUCAUCAGUUGUGUCCAAGAGUCUGGACCCUGCUCGAGAGUGUGCCCAAUGUGUGCAAGUCCAUCAGUGGAGAAUUUUAUUCUCUACACACAUGAUUCACCUGACCAUCAUUGUCAUGCCAGUCUUUGACAUUGAAUUCCAAACUGCUUUAUUUGUUAUAAACUUAUAGUUCAUAUAAAUCAGAAUUUGUAGAAAUCAGUGGACAGACUGGAACUGAUGUCACACAAUGAUAGUAGGCAGGACUCACAAAGUUAUCCCUCCUCUACCUUGAUCAAUGUGGAUUUUUUUUUAUAUUUAAUGUAAUGCAAAGUUUAUGUUAGUCAUCCCUGCAAGCAACAUAAGGUUGUUAUAGUAAAAGCUGUCUGGAAUUUUGAAACUCUUGUUUCUUGGUUGGUGUCAUUCAAAAUUUCUGUUGUGCCAAUUUCAGCACUACGUAACCACCAUAUGCACUAUUCCUUUUGUGAUGUGCAAACAUUUUUUCAAAUCAGAUUCAUGCUAAAUGGGUCUAAUUGAACAUUCAUGCUGCCAACUCUAGGCAUGUGGUCUUGCUUUUCAGUUCUACUUUGUGCACACCUGAGUAUCUGAACCUCGAUACUAGUCAUGCUAAAUAAGUCUAAUCCCACAUUCAUACUGCCAAACUCUAGCAAUGUGGUCAUGCUUCUCAGUUCUACCUUGCGAACACCUGAGUAUCUGAACUUCAAUACUAGUCGUGCCUUAACUGCAGGCAUUUGUCUGUUUUUGUCUGGAACAUCUUACACCAUCUGGUAUGUAAUUUUCAAAAGUAUUAAGUAGUUGUUGUGAAUUUGGCUCGUUGAUAUGCCUAAGUUGAUUAGGAUUCAAGACAAAACCAGAUGGGUAAAUGAACUAAUGAAGAUUAGUGCGAACAGGAAUUCUUCUAGUAUCCUAAUGGGUUUUGGAAUAGGAAGAGUUAUUCCUGUUGAUUUAGACCUGGAAAGUAAGUUCUAUUCUAGUUAGGAAUAGGAAAGCUAGCUCUCUUUCCUUGUUCUAAUAGUUUUAGGAAUCCUAAUGUGACAUGUUUGUAACCAGCACCUAUAAUCUAUUAAUAGGGCUGCAGGGAGGUCACAUAACGUGUCCGCAGAUCAGAGAAGAGAUCAAAGAGAGAUCUCAGAGAGUUCUCAGUUAACAUACAAACACAGGGGCAGGGAGAGCCAAGGGUGAUAGAGAGAUCUAGCAAAGGGGUUGGGGAUUAGCAUAGGGAUUUCAAUAAGUACUUGUAAUCAAGUUGUUAUUCUCCAUAGUGCUAGUGAUUCUCAAGAGAGAUCACACAGAGGACGUAGGCAAAGUUUUUGUCGAACCUCUAUAAAAUUCUGUGUUCGUGUGCUGUGGUUUUUCUUGCUGUGAUAUUUUGCAUCAUCAUCCUAUUACUGUUUGCAGUCAUAAGUCUAUUAAGAGAAACAAGGUUCUGGGUAAAAGGUGCUUAUUUACUACGGUAGUAUGAUUCAUUUUGCAGAUUCAAUGUCAGUCUGGAAUCUUAUUAGAGAAUUCCGCAUUUGGAAGGUUCACAUGACUGUGGUUCUCAAUGAAUAUGGUGGAACUGUAGGGAUAAUUACCCUACAAGAUGUGGUGGAGGAAAUUGUUGGUAAAAUAUUUGAUGAAAAUGAUUCCAAGGAGGUGAUUCAGAAAAAAGGGUACAUCGUAAUGCGUGCAGAGGGAGUAUUUGAUGUGGAUGCAAACACAUCUAUAGACCAGCUCUCUGAAGAUCUAAAUGUGAAAAUGCCUGAGGUGCGUGAGUUAGCUGAGAAAGAGCCUGAAAAUGGCGUCUUCGGAUUGCUUCGCAAUGAUGUGACUCGGUUCUUGGCAACCAUACUUGUUGGCACAACUGUUGUCAAUAUUGGAGCAACUGCUUUAGUUACAGAGGCUGCAACAGCGAUAUUUGGUGAAGCUGGUGUUAGUGCAGCAACUGGAGUAAUGACUGGUAUUUUCUAUAUGCAGUCUCAAUGGAGAGAUUGAUCAAAUUCGCUGGACCUCUUAUCAAGUGUCAGAUGUUAGUGUUAUAUACAUUGGGUGUUGAGACUGAAAUUUUGUUAAAAUGCAAAAUUAGUGUUCUGUUUUGUCCUCUCCUCACUUGUUAGGGAAGGCCAUGACAUAUGAGGAAAUACUAUUUGUAUGAAACUGAUCUCUAAUAUUGCUCCUCCCUUU